UUCACUUUAGAAUUUGAAGACCUUACGCUUCAAAUGUUCGAGGAGUCCUGCUGUUUUGAUAGUUUGGGUCUGUAGGCCCGAGGCUGAGCCGAGUUAAAUCCGCGAGGGCUUGGGUUCCACAAUAAAUAUGGCCGCCUGAAAAGGGGAUUUUUUUGUUUUGAGAAUCUUUUUCAUUUUUUUUAUAGCCUUCAUUGACUCUGCACAAAGUUGCCGACAAUUUAAAAAUUUAGACAAAAGGUGUUAUCGCCUAAAUAUGGGCCCAUGAGGCCUGAGUUUAUUUCAAAAUAAUUUUUUACGCCGGAUGAUAUAUUCUGCGUCUUUUCGCUGAUGCGACAAUGGAGGAAGUUGCUAAACAAGAUGGCAGUCAAGUAAUACACCUUCCUAUUCGAGAACUGAACCAUGGAUUUUGGCAAGAUCUACCAGACAGUCUCUUGCUAUUCAUAUUCGGGUUUUUGACCCCCAAAGAGGUGUUAACUGCCGGCGAGGUUUGUCGAAAAUGGUAUCGCGCAUCCAUGGACGAAGUUCUUUGGAAGUCUAUUUUUAUCAAAAGUUACAAUCUCAGCGGUAUCGAGAAAUCUCAGUUGCAGUUACCGUCUAGUUCAACACUCUGGAUCAAAGAAUUCGAGAGGCUUUAUUGUGAAACUCCUCUGAUAGAAGCACAAGUUUUAAAUGAGCACACAGACGAAGUGUUACAUGUAGCGUUUUCACACAACGGGAAAAUGUUCGCGUCUAGCUCGAAAGACUGUCACGCGAUUCUGUGGGAUGUGACGGGUGACAGUGUUAUUCUAAGGGAGAGGCUGGUAUUCAAACAGUAUGGGUGGGAGUAUGUCCAGUUCUGCGAGUUUAAUAGUGAUGACACUCUAUUGUUAGUGUCAGGAGUUAAUGAAAUGAGGAGGCUUAAUUUUAUGGGAGAAAUAAUCAUUUGUGAUCUGGAGGGAGCUGCCUUGGGGAACAUUGUCCAUGCAGUAAUCAGUGAGCCGUAUGAUGUAUUCGGGGCAUGGCUUACAGACAGGACUUUCAUCUGUGGCUCUUUUGAGUUCAUGGUUCCUUCCUAUGACUCAUCUGUGUCAGAGCUGUGGGCGAAUUGUGUUGGUGGCAACCAGCCUGUCAACUUGUGUCGCAUAGUCAAUGAAAGUGGUAGCUCUGUUCGUACAGUCCUUGUUGCUAGGCCAAACUUUUUAGCUGAGGAUGAAGUCUUUAUUAUUUUUACACAUGGGGUGGUAACGUACACCCCACAUCAGGUGGUUAUCAAGAAACUUAAACUAAACCACAAACCAUCAGGAGAGCUAGAGGUUAUAGAAAGCUGCAGAGUUAAGGACCAACGAUCAGAAAGGAGGCAACCAACAGAGAAUAUAAGCCAAUCAGAAGUCAGAUCAGACUCAGAGGGGGAGUUUGAAGAAUUGAGUUACACUAAACCAGAUCACUUGAUAAACACUAACUCGCAUAUCAUAGGCAUGAAUUUAUCUCCUGAUCAUGAUUUAUUGUAUGUAAACUGCCGAUUGUGGACCAACGCAGACAAGAUAGCAGCUAACAAGGAGGCCUUGCCAGAGAUAUCAAAUGAUAUUCACCUACGCGUGUACAGCUUAUCCACCUGUCAGUUGGUCAGGGAGCAUGUUGGCCAUCGGGCAUCCACCCCUAAUGACAAGUGUUUUUUCAUCUUCCUGAACAUAGCAGAGAAGCUAGUGGCAAGUGGUGCAGAGGAUUCAUGUGCACAUGUGUGGGAUCGGCACUUUGGUGUCAAGCUGGCAACCCUAACAGGCCACCAGAAUGUUGUCAACUGUGUCGCCUUCAACCCUAGAGACCCUGACAUGCUAGUCAGUGCUAGUGAUGACCACACCCUAAGGGUUUGGAAAUCCCGCCGCAGGAGUGGAAAGGCUGUGGUGAGAAAGGAUGCUGUAGGGUGCCUUUGAAUACUGUCAACAAAAGCCAAAUAGUAAAUACAAACAACAGUUUAUAUCCGUGUUGAGUUCAGCGAUCAAGUGACUGCAGCAUAAAAGUUUUAUUGGUGCUUAACUCCAAAAACUUUCCCCAUUAUGCUAUGAUCUAUGGCCAAUGUUAUAAUCAUCCAAAUCAAGUUACAAUUAUGUCACCAGAUGUCUUUAGAAGUUCUUUAAUUUUCUUUGUCCUCUGUCCUUGUUGUACGUCUUGUGGUUGUGCUUCUAGAGACAUGCUGAAUGUGAAUACCAUACUAGAACAUUGUUAAUCAUUUUUUAAGGAUAUUUUGUCCCCUUUUCUCAGACUUAGCCCAGCAAUUAUAGAAAUGUGCAACCCAGAGCUGUAGUAGGCCUUAAAAUAUGGGGGGGGGGGGGGGGGUACAGUGGCAUUAAUAAAAUUUGUAGCACAGCCAUACCCCUACUGGUCAUUAUAAUUUUUGAAAUAUUUUUUGGGAUGUGCCCCCAAUGUUCCACCCCUUUCUACAGCCCUGCAACUCGAUUGCUAUUUGAAAAUCAACACAGAUUUGCAGUGCACAAUUUAACUUUGAAAUUUAACAUUUCAAAUUUUCUUGGAAUUUUUCUUCUUGUAAAAUAUAGAAAAGAAUACCAACAGUGACAAUUGUGGCUUGUGACACCAGUGGAAGAUUAAAGUGUGAUGGGUUGGGCUGGUUGGGGUUGUGUAGGGUUGGGAGGGGAGGGUAAUGUUAAAGCUCAUGUUCAUAGGUUAAUGCCAUGGCAAGAAAAAUACAGAAAUUGUUAUAGAGAUAAUCAGAAAUUAAUUUUUUAUGACUGAUCUUGAUUACCUUGUUUUUUUUUUUGCUCACAUCUACUUCACUAAAGUAAGUUGAGAUUAAUACACAUUUUUUGUUUCUGGCUGGAUAAUGUUUUAAAUAAUAUCUUAAUUUUAUUUAAGGGGAACUUUUAAUUGUCAAGUUUGUGUUACAUUUAUAAUGAAUGAUUUGAUUGAAUGAAAUAUUAUUUACUGUAAUAAAACCAUGCUUAUUGUAA